GUGUUUUCCUGUUGAAUGAGUCUUGCUCAUGUUGUUAGUGGCGGCUGCUGUCAGCUGCUUCCACUGGAAACAGCAGAAAUCUGCCGCUCGCUUCUUCAACUCACUCACAACUAACGGCUGCGUCUUUAACCCAUAUGUGGAGAUGUGGAGUUGAAGCGGUGGAAUCAGAGUAGAAGCAGAGUCAGUUGAUGUCAGUAGUUGAACACUGAGUCGUUAUUACUGUGUAGCUCCAUUUACUGAUGACUGAAGGCAGCUUUUCCCGCCUCAAUCAGCCUGUGGAGGAGGCGGAGAGGAGCCGCUGCUCUCCCGCUGUCUGAGCCACUAAAGUCGGUGUGAGCUCGGCCGGACAGCCGCUGGAGAACAGCUCUGACUUUCUGUGUGAUUAGAUGGACUCUACAGGACUGAUGUGGACUCAGUGUGGCAGUCAGAGGGGCUGAGGACCUUCACACUGUUGUUGUUCUUCCACAAAUCAUUCUGACACUAACCUGUCUCAGUCUCUGUACUUUACUCGAGGAUUUUCAUUUCCUGCUUCUACUAAUGUGAUAAUAAUGAGUCAUUCUGCAGGAGACACUUUGGCGCCAUCUAGUGGACUGACAGCAUAUUCAAUCUUGGAUGUGAAUGGAGCAGCAUGAAUCAGAGUGAGGACAGAGAGGAGGGAGUCCCUCCCUCUAAAACCACUCUGUGUGGGGAACAUGAGAGCCAGACCAAAGCUCAGAGCCCAGAGCAGCAGCACUCACCACACUCUGCUGGACCUGGACCUGGACCUGGACCUGGACCCAGCUGUGUGUCCAUGAAGAGCAACAAGUCAAUGGAUCGUCCUGUUGAAUUCAGACAAUCUGUUGAUGGAAGUUUCAGGAUCCAGCAGCAGAGACCAGACUCUCCUGAACCCAGCUGUCUGUCUUUAAAGAGCGACAACUCAAAGGGCUGGGACAUUAACUUUAAAGGGCGACGUCCAUCAGCUGAUCAGAUAGUGGACCAGGAGAGCUCAGAGGUUCCCAGUGGUCAGUCUGCCCAGCAGCAUCAAACACACCUGGACUCCAUAUUUAUGCUGCUGGAGGAGAACAUCGUCACUUUUGUGAAGAAGGAGCUGGAGAAGAUGCAGAAGGUUCUGAGUCCAGAUUACCCAGAAUGCUUAGAGAGUCAGAGGGAGGAUGAGGAGGUGUUGGAUGGUGAGGAUGAAGAGCAGAGGAGGAGCAGCAGAGAGGAGUUUCUGAAGAUCACACUGAACUUCCUGAGGAGAAUGAAGCAGGAGGAGCUGGCUGACUGUCUGCAGAGCAGACAUGUUGCUCCAGUUUAUCGACGUAAACUUAAAUCUAACCUGAAGAAGAAGUUCCAGUGUUUGUUUGAGGGGAUCUCUAAAGCAGGAAACCCAACCCUUCUGAAUCAGAUCUACACAGAGCUCUACAUCACAGAGGGAGGGACUGGAGAGGUCAAUGAUGAACAUGAGGUCAGACAGAUUGAAACAACAUCCAGGAAACCAGACAGACCAGAAACAACCAUCAGACAAGAAGACAUCUUUAAAGCCUCACCUGGAAGAGAUGAACCAAUCAGAACAGUGAUGACAAAGGGAGUGGCUGGCAUUGGGAAAACAGUCUUAACACAGAAGUUCACUCUGGACUGGGCUGAAGACAAAGCCAACCAGGACAUACACUUCACAUUUCCAUUCACUUUCAGAGAGCUGAAUGUGCUGAAAGAGAAAAAGUUCAGCUUGGUGGAACUUGUUCAUCACUUCUUUACUGAAACCAAAGAAGCAGGAAUCUGCAGGUUUGAAGAGUUCCAGGUUGUGUUCAUCUUUGACGGUCUGGAUGAGUGUCGACUUCCUCUGGACUUCCACAACACUGAGAUCCUGACUGAUGUUACAGAGUCCACCUCAGUGGACGUGCUGCUGACAAACCUCAUCAGGGGGAAACUGCUUCCCUCUGCUCGCCUCUGGAUAACCACACGACCUGCAGCAGCCAAUCAGAUCCCUCCUGAGUGUGUUGACAUGGUGACAGAGGUCAGAGGGUUCACUGACCCACAGAAGGAGGAGUACUUCAGGAAGAGGUUCAGAGAUGAGGAGCAGGCCAGCAGGAUCAUCUCCCACAUCAAGACCUCACGAAGCCUCCACAUCAUGUGCCACAUCCCAGUCUUCUGCUGGAUCACUGCUACAGUUCUGGAGGAUGUGUUGAAAACCAGAGAGGGAGGAGAGCUGCCCAAGACCCUGACUGAGAUGUACAUCCACUUCCUGGUGGUUCAGACCAAACUGAAGACCAUCAAGUAUGAUGGAGGAUCUGGGACAGAUCCACACUGGAGUCCAGAGAGCAGGAAGAUGAUUGAGUCUCUGGGAAAACUGGCUUUUGAGCAGCUGCAGAAAGGAAACCUGAUCUUCUAUGAAUCAGACCUGACAGAGUGUGGCAUCGAUAUCAGAGCAGCCUCAGUGUACUCAGGAGUGUUCACACAGAUCUUUAAAGAGGAGAGAGGACUGUACCAGGACAAGGUGUUCUGCUUCGUCCAUCUGAGUGUUCAGGAGUUUCUGGCUGCUCUUCAUGUCCAUCUGACCUUCAUCAACUCUGGAGUCAAUCUGCUGUCAGAAGAACAAACAACCUCCCUGUGGUCUAAACUGUUUAAAGACCAAUCAACACUUUUCUACCAGAGAACUGUGGACAAGGCCUUACAGAGUCCAAAUGGACACCUGGACUUGUUCCUCCGCUUCCUCCUGGGUCUUUCACUGCAGACCAAUCAGACUCUCCUACGAGGUCUGCUGACACAGACAGGAAGUAGCUCAGGGACCAAUCAGGAAACAGUCCAGUACAUCAAGAAGAAGAUUGAAGAGACUCCCUCUGCAGAGAAAAGCAUCAACCUGUUCCACUGUCUGAAUGAACUGAAUGAUCGUUCUCUAGUGGAGGAGAUCCAACAGUCCCUGAGUUCAGGACGUCUCUCCACAGAUAAACUGUCUCCUGCUCAAUGGUCAGCUCUGGUCUUCAUCUUACUGUCAUCAGAAAAAGAUCUGGAUGUGUUUGACCUGAAGAAAUACUCUGCUUCAGAGGAGGCUUUUCUGAGGCUGCUGCCAGUGGUCAAAGCCUCUAACAAAGCUCUACUGAGUGGCUGUAACCUCUCAGAGAGAAGCUGUGAAGCUCUGUCAUCAGUUCUCAGCUCCCAGUCCUCUAGUCUGAGAGAUCUGGACCUGAGUAACAACAACCUGCAGGAUUCAGGAGUGAAGAUGUUGUCUGUUGGACUGGAGAGUCCACACUGUUCACUGGAGACUCUCAGCCUGUCAGGCUGUCUGAUCACAGAGGAAGGCUGUUCUUCUCUGGUCUCAGCUCUGAGCUCCAACCCCUCCCAUCUGAGAGAACUGGACCUGAGCUACAAUCAUCCAGGAGACUCAGGAGUGAAGCUGCUGUCUGCUGGACUGAAGGAUCCAGACUGGAGACUGGACACUCUCAGGGUGGAGCCUGGUGGAGUCCGAUGGUUGAGACCAGGUCUGAGGAAGUAUUCCUGUCAACUCACAAUCGACACAAACACAGUGAACAGAAAACUCAAACUGUCUGACAACAACAGGAAGGUGACACAUGUGAAGGAGGAUCAGUCAUAUCCUGAUCAUCCAGACAGAUUUGAUCAGUGUUCUCAGCUGCUGUGUAGAACUGGUCUGACUGGUCGCUGUUACUGGGAGGUCGAGUGGAGAGGAGUGGUUUAUAUCUCAGUGAGUUACAGAGGAAUCAGAAGGAAAGGAGGCAGUGAUGACUGUUGGUUUGGAUGGAACGAUCAGUCCUGGAAUCUGGACUGUUCUGAUGAUGGUCAUUACUCUGUCUGUCACAAUAACAUAAAGACAUCCAUCUCCUCCUCCUCCUCCUCCUCCUCCUCCUCCUCCUCUGUCUCUAACAGAGUAGCAGUGUAUGUGGACUGUCCUGCUGGCUCUCUGUCCUUCUACAGAGUCUCCUCUGACUCUCUGAUCCACCUCCACACCUUCAACACCACAUUCACUCAACCUCUGUAUCCUGGGUUUAGAGUCUGGUCUGGUUCCUCAGUGUCUCUGUGUUGAGUGUAGCAGAGAGAGUCUCCUCCUGUUAGAGAUCAGUCCAGUCCAGGAUCACAGCAGCUGAUGUUAUUUAGUACCAACCUGAUCUCUGGCUGGUUUUAACUGCAGACUGUAAACCCAACAUGUUUUCAUUGAUUGACAGUUUGAGUGUGAAGCUUCGGUAGAAUAACACAGAGUUAACCUCCAACACAAACUGCUCAGAGCAGUUUAGAGACGCAGCGUAAAUCACCAUGGCAACAGAGCUCAGGUGUUGUACAGGUACAGGUGAAUGAGGAAGUUAGAGUGAGGAGGUGAGGAGCUGCACUGACUGAUGUUUCUGUUUCAGCAGAAUCUUUAAGGUUUCAUUUGUCACAGUGAAGAAACAGUGAAUCUGAAUCAUGUUCAGUUUGUUCUGAGAACCAGGACUUUAACCUGCAGCCUGAACACAUUAACAGUUCUCCAGUCUGUCCACUAGAGGUCAGUCUGAGCCUCGGUCCUCACAGGGAGUAAAGAUGGACUGUGUCAGGCAAAUGAUUGGUCCACAAGCUGAUGACAUCAUGAUGAUGUCACAGUG